AUGAGAAAGUCAAUAUAUCCGAUAAUUUGUUCUAAGCCGGCUUGCUUAGAAUUCAGGACAACAUUGCAAAUAAAAACAUUGACAACUGUAAAUAAAAAACAAAUCGAGGAAAGCUAUAAACUCCUGGAUGUACCAAAAAACUCCAGCCAAGAUGUAAUAAAAAAAGCAUUCUUAGAUCUUGCCAAGAAAUAUCAUCCAGAUGCUAAGUCCCCGGACGCUGAUAUAAAUAAAUUUGUGGCUGUAGAAAAUGCAUUCAGAAUCUUGUCAAAACAUAAUGCCACAAAUACUAAGGAAGUUGAAAAAAUUAUAUAUGAUAUAAAGCAUACAGCACCACAACAUAGACAAUUUCUUAGCUUUGAUGGAAUUGGAUAUGGGACUCCCUCUCAGAGACAAAAACAAUAUGCUCAAGUUAGAGCUCAAAGAGCAGCUAUUAAUGUCAUGGAACACAGAACUGCAAAAGCUGUUGCAUCUGAAAAGACUCUUAUGAAAAAAGAACCACUUAAGAAACAUGAUAUUAAAACUAAAUAUGGGUUUGAAAGGUUGGUGGAAGAUUUAAUACAAGAAUCCAUGUCUAAAGGAGAAUUUGAAAAUUUAAGUGGCAAGGGAAAGCCAUUGAAAGAUCAAAAUAGUAAUCCAUAUGUUGACUUCACUACUCAUAAGCUGAAUGAGGUUUUAAUAAAUAAUGGAUUUACUCCAGAAUGGAUAACAAUGAGCAAAGAAAUAGAUCAAGACAUAGAACUUUUGAAAGAAGAAAUAAGAAACGAUAGAAAGUAUUUAGGACCUUAUCCUUUAAAUGAAGAGGAUGCUAAAAACAUUCAACAUUCUGUUGACAGAGAUCAAACAGAAGAGGCGAAAAGUCAGAAGGUUGUGUUACAAGAGAGUGAUGAUAUAAUUGGUAUAUUUUUUAAAGUGUUAGGUGAAUUAUUAAGUUUUAGAGGAAACGAGAAAAAGAAAAUCGGUAAU